AUCUAAACACAACUCCUAUACAGCCCUACUCUAAUACUACAAAACAACUACAAAAACACACCUUUACUACAUAUAAAGACCAGAUUUCAAAAAACUUAAUAGAAGCUACACCCAAUCUACAACAAAAAUUAUGA